CCCAGAGGUCAGACAUCCAUCACUGCCGCCUGAUGCGGAGUGGAGCCGUCACCCACCCAUCUGUUGACCGCCCGGGAUCAGCCUGAUUCGCCAUAACGCUCAAAGAAAAAAAAACACGACAUCCAGCGACUCGACCGUGUCCUCUGCUCGCUGUCGAUCUGUCUUUGUGUUAAGAUCCGACAUCGCAAACUGCGAGGUUGGCCAGGACGAGACUGCUAACAAAGAGAGCCGCUCCGAUGCGCCUAAAGCCAGCCCAUUCCACCUUAAAUGCCAUUCGCGUCUGCGCUGGAGACCUAGGCGCCAUCUUCGGUCCACCUUAAGCGCACAAUGUGGCCAACGAACGCAAGCGUACCAGCCGGGCUUCCGUCCUCGUUCUUCAGCCGGGGAUCGCACUCGGGCUUCCCAGCUUUGACACAGCGUCACUUGUGAAACAACGGAGGGGGAAGAAACACGCACUCGGGCCAAACCCCAUCCGCACCCGCAGGAAAAGGAUGUCCGAGCCCAAUAAGUACCGAGAGUGGAUCCUGGAAACCAUCGACUCUCUCCGCUCGAGGAAAGCCCGUCCGGAUCUGGAGAGGAUUUGUCGAAUGGUCCGGAGACGACACGGGUCGGACCCGGACCGAACCAGGACAGAACUGGAGAAACUGAUUCAAGAGCAGACGGUGCUCAAAGUUAGCUACAAGGGGUCCAUUUCGUACCGAAACGCGGCGAAGGUUCAGAGGAAAAGCAGAAAGAAGAGUGAGUUGACGGCCGCCGGCAGCAGCAGCAGCGGCAGCGGCGGCGGCGGCGCGGAGGCAGCGAGGGAGCGGACCAAACACGACCAUCUGAACAACAACGGCGACAGUGCGCACAGCUUCACCGACCAAGAGGAGGGAGAGGAGGACUCGGAGCCCAGCCCAGAGCCCCACACUCAGACAGCAGCCAAGAAGCUCAAGCCUGCCUCCAGCCCCAGUAGCGGAAACGGGUGCCUCAGCUCUGGCGCAACAACGGGCUGCGAUGUCGGGAGCGGCUGUAAAGAGGAGAAAGCAAGUGCACCGAGAGACAAGGGAUUAGGACGGCAGGGAGCGGGGGGCUGCCCGUCGCCAGGUCUCGGCCACAGAACCGGCGCACACGACGGCGGUGAUGGCAGCGGGGUGACACCGAGCAAAGCCGAUGCAGUUCGCGGGGGGAAAGAGUCGGGCUCGUCCGGGGCUGACACCCAGAACAAAACUUGCCCAGGGAGCGUCGGCAGCCUCCCUCCUCAACAGAAACAGAAGCAGCCUGCGCCUCCUCUCAAGCCCAAACUUCGCGUCGGAGGAGGGGGCACCAAAACAGCGGGGAACCACGCCAACUCCGACCUGGGCGACAGACUGGUGGCUUCUGUUCGCAGCCUGUCCGAGAGGAGCCUCCGGGGGGGCUCCGCCGCCGCGACCCGAGGCCACAUGAAGCCGCUCGGGCUGAAGGAGAUCCUGGGCUAUCUGAGCAGCCAGGAGCGGCUGUCGGAGGAGAAGCUGACCCGAGGCAAAGUCAAAGUGGUCAUGGAGAGAGAGGUGGCGAGGGGCAGGCUGCGCAGGACCCGCUGCGGGAACAUCACUCUUCCUCUGAGGGGGGUGGUGGUGGAGGAGCCGCCGCCGAAGAACGCGUCCGCUGACAGACUUGUGAAGAGCGCACUGCAGGACAAGCACACCGGGAGAAAGCCGCCGUCCCCCUCUCUCCAGGAGAACGAGCCAAUGCAGACAGCCAGCGAGGAAGAGGAACGGGAAGAGAACGAGGAAGAGGAGGAGGAGGAGGAGGAGGAGGAGGAGGACAAGGAUCCCCGGAGUUCUGAUGAGGAGGGAGGACUUUCCCUUGUAGCCAUGACAACCGAACCGGAGCUCAUUAAGAAAACCACAGAAGAAGAUGCUGAGAUCCAGACAGCAUCCGAGCAGGAGAGCCACGGCAGCAAAGGGCUACCCGGGCUUGAACCCCUCACCGGAACACCGUGCCCACCUGUUCAGGGUGCUCCCCCAUCGCAAAGUAACAGUGCACACCUGCAGGAGGAGGAAGACAGAGCCGUCGUCCCUGAUCGGCUGCAUGUGGAGGCGCAAAUGCAGCACGACAGAAUUGACCACAGCUCCUCAGGCUUUAACAGCUCGGACUCUAAGACAGAGGUCGGCGUGUCGUCCUGCCUGCUCACACCCACGGCCUCCCCGAGAGACUCCGGCGUGUCUGAGGAACGAGGGAUGAAUGGAGGAGUUAGCAGUGGAGGGUUUAUAAAGUCCGAGGGGGCGAGUGGGAGCCCGGUGGACUGGACAGUGUCUGACGUGGUCAGUUAUUUCACAGCAGCAGGUUUCCCUGAGCAGGCCGCUGCUUUCAGGACCCAGGAAAUCGAUGGCAAGUCCCUUCUCCUCAUGCAGCGCAAUGAUGUUCUGACCGGCCUGUCAAUCAGGUUAGGCCCCGCCCUCAAGAUCUAUGAGCGCCACGUGAAGGUUCUGCAGAAAACGCACUUUGAGGAAGAUGACUGCUAACAACAGACACAUGAAAUACACAGAGAGAGACUGGUAUGUCUGUAUCUACAUAUAGCUCAAGUAACCAUAUAGAAAUGCAUGCAUGAUAUACAAUAUGCACUUCAUUUUUCAUCUCGAACAGCGUGCGCAGAGAAACAUGCGCACACACACACACACACACACACACACACACACACACACACACACACACACACACACACACACACACACCUCUCUUUCUAUCCCUCUUGGCCCUCUGCUCUGGUCCAGAAACAACACACAGAAAUGAGACUGUACUUCCUGGACAACAAGGAUUCAAGCAGAGCUCAAAUGUUUGGGGGAGAAAGUCGAUCCAUGACAUUUUGAGACGCUGAAAACCAUGCAAUUCCAAUUUUUUUAUUUACAGCAUUUAAGCACUUUGCAAUUUUUUCGAUUAAACUGUGCAAGAUGGUUUGUUUUUCAAGGGGCUGCUUUGUGCCGACCCCUAUGCACAUUCUGAAAGAGGUCGUGGAAGGUACUUUGUGUGGUUCAGUUUUUGAGGCUGUGAUGCAAAGGUAUGUUGGUCAUGGCUGCGUGUUUUGCCAUUGUGCACAUGCUUUACAUGUGUGUGGAGGCUUGACAGAGGAUGUUGGAUUGAACAGGAAAAAAAAAAAUCAGAAGUUGACCAGAUUAUAUACUGUACAUUCCCAGAAACUGGAGAGGCGAGCGCACGCGACCUUGUGUAAUCGGUCGUUGGUCUAAGCAAUAAGCUGAUAAUUCCCCUCCAUGUUGGCCCGUAGAUCGGCAGGUGGUUGGUUUUCAAUGUUUCACAUGAACAUCUAUUAAAUAAAUGCUUUUGUAAUGUC